UAAAAAGAAAAGAAAAAAUAACACACAUUGAAUGAGCUGCCGUCUUCACCAUUCUGCCCUAACUCGGUCCUCUUCGGAAUCGGGUACAGAAAAAGAGGGCUAUUUUUCCAUAUCCAAUUCAAUUGUAGUUUCAGGAGAUGGAGAUGGAGAUGGUAUCCGUGAGUCGGCAGAAGCAAGAUCCUGCCUGGAAGCAUUGCGAAAUGCUUAGGAAUGGCGGGAAGGUCGAAAUUAAGUGUAUAUACUGUGGGAAGAUAUUUAAGGGAGGAGGAAUUCAUAGGUUUAAAGAACAUCUCGCCUGCCAGAAAGGCAAUGGCGCUACUUGCUCAAGUGUUCAUCCUGAUGUACGCCUCCAAAUGAUCGAGAUUCUAAGUAGAACCAAGAAAAGACCAAGACUUGCUAAGGAUAAGCAUAAGCCCAAUUGUGAUAGUCCUGCGCUAGCCAACAAUAGUGAUGGGGACGUUCAUGAUAAUCCUCGGAUCGGCGCAGUUGAAUUAGCUAAUAAUACUAAUCAUAAUACGGCUGCCUGCUGGGAUAGGGAGGAUGGUAUGAGCUGGGAUAGAGAGGAUGGUAUGAGCGGGAAAACAAAUACUAGUAUUAAGAAGAAGAGAGAAACGGUGGUGACAAAAGCCCUUGAUGUUGUUAACUCCAACACUGCUGCUUUUCCUGCUCUGAAUUUGAAAAAGAAAGUUAGUAUAGUUGAUAUGGCUGUAGGCCGUUUCUUCUUUGAUGUUGGAUUACCCGCAGAUGCUGUUAAUUCUACCUAUUUUCAACCAAUGCUUGAUGCAAUAGCUUCUCAAGGCACGGGAGUUGUUGGCCCGUCCUACCACGACCUAAGGAACUCUAUUUUGAAGAAUGCAGUUCAUGAAGUGAGAUAUGAUGUUGAUCAAUGCACAGCGGCUUUGGGAAAGAAUGGUUGCUCAAUUUUAGUCUACGAUUCGAGUUCAGAAAAGUGUAAAACCUUUGUCAACCUUUUUGCAUCUUCUCUAGAAGGUACCAUCUUUUUGAGGUCAGCCGAUAUAUCAUGUGCCAUAGAUUCUGCAGAUGCCCUUUAUGAAUUGUUAAAAGAAACUGUUGAAGAAAUUGGUCAAAGAAAUGUUGUGCAAGUGGUGACAACUGGUGAAGAGCGGAAUGCUAUUGCUGGGAGAAGGCUUGCCAAAACAUACCCAAGUAUUUUUUGGACUCCUUGUGCUGGUUAUUGCAUUGAUUUGAUGCUUCAGGACAUAGGAGAAUUACCCAUGGUGAAGAUGAUACUUGACCAGGCUAAAUCCAUGUCGAGGUAUAUCUAUUCAAAUGCUACUACUACAAAUAUGAUAAGACGAUACACAUCUGGAGUGGAUUUAGUUGAUCUGGGAACUACUCGUUCAUCCAGUGAUUUUAUGACACUGAAAAGGAUGGUUAAUGUCAGACCUAAUUUGCAGUCCAUGGUUACUUCUGAGGAGUGGAUGGAAAGCUCUUACUCAAAGAAAGAAGAAGGUUACGCAUUGCUAGACUCUAUCUGUGAUCAAUCAUUCUGGUCCACGUGUGACUCAAUAACACGUCUUAUAGACCCAAUUUUGCAUCUAUUAAGGAUAGUAAGUAGUCAAAAGAUGCCCUCUAUAGGAUCUAUAUAUGCAGGGUUGUAUCGAGUCAAAGAUGCAAUUAAGAAGGAGCUUGUUACCCGGGAAGAAUACUUAGUUUAUUGGAGUAUCAUUGAUCACAGGUGGGAACAACUUCAGCGGCACCCCCUUCACGCGGCUGGUUUUUAUUUGAAUCCUAGACAUUUUUACAGUCUUGAAAGAGAUGGGUAUCUUCAUAUUCGAUCACUAGUAUAUGAUUGCAUAGAGAAACUGGUUCCUGAACCAAAUAUCCAAGAUAAAAUUAUGAGGGAAACAGCCUCUUACCAUAGUGCUACUGGAGACUUUGGGCGGAAGAUGGCCAUCAGAGCAAGGGACACUAUUCUUCCCACUGAGUGGUGGCUAACGUAUGGUGGGGAAUGCCCUAAUUUGGCUCGCUUGGCUAUCCGCAUUCUCAGCCAAACUUGCUGCUUGAUCCAGCAUAAGGGAGAUAAAGUUUCUCUUGAACGAAUGCAUGAGGGGAAAAAUUGGCUGGAGCAUCAAAGGCUUAGUGAUCUUGUUUACGUUCAGAACAACAUGUCCUUGAAGCAUAUGAGUUCAGGCGAAAGACAAGAGAAAGCUUUUGAUCCCCUUUCUUAUGAGCACAUUAAUUUAGUUGAAGACUGGGUAAUGGGAAAUGAAUUUUGCUCAGAGGAUUCUGAAAAGAAGGGAUGGAUGGAUGUUGAGCCUCCUUAUGGUAAUGUUAUGGCAUCUGGCCUGCAAAUUAAUGAUGUUGAAGCCCAUGGGGCAGGAUUUGAUGAUUAUGAAAUCCUUUUUGGGGUGAAAGAUAGCGAAGAAGAAACUGGCUGUGAAAACAUACACAUAGGGAAUACUGGUGAUAAGACCAUAGUUCCAGGUGGUUCUGCAAGAUGGUGUUUGAAUUGAAGGAAGUUGAAUGGGACCGACAGAAGUAGUCUGUAUAGCAUGGAAAGUUGGCUCAUGGCAAUGCCCGGUACAUUGUGAUGCCGUGGAUGCAGACAUUGAAGUUCACGAUGGGAAUCAUUGCAGAAUUGCAGAUGAAUAACAUGAACAUGUAUAUAUGUUUCUCUUCUUUCAACAUUCUGGGAGAUGUUAGAAUGUUUGCAAAUUAGUGUAUGCGAUAAUCUUUUAGGGAUUGCCUACUUUUCAUGAUGGACUAGGUACAUGAACGAAUAUUUUUAUUCUCAUACUAUGUUUUUUAUUUUUA